CGCUCAGCACGGAAACGAGGUGAUCUGGAGGAGGGGACAAUGACGUCAUUACCUGCGGACCAGUUGAGCAAAGAGGACAGCAAUGAGGAAAUCAUCUUUGAGAAGAAAGCCUCAGGAAAGAAGAAAAAAACAUCAAAACAAACAUCUCAGUCAUCUUCUAAAAACCCAAGAGAAACGUCGCUGGACAUCCAAACCAGGGAGAAUGGCACAGGUGCGCCAACAUCCAGGACACUUCAUGUAGAAACCGAGGAAGGUAUUCAUUCAACACCCAUAGGCACAGCCACAGGCAUCCCUAGCGGAGAGGUUUGGAUAAAAAUUGAGGGGUCCGAUUCUACGCUUCCGCCAUCAUUAUCCUCGACUUCUGCCACGUCCGAGCCACCGGUCUGCUCGUCCAACGAAACGCCCCACUCCACCCCCGUCAAAUCAUGUUCUGUAGAAUCUAUCUCUACUCCUCCUAACUUAACUACAUCAGAGUCAGACAUGUUGACAUCUUCCAAGGAACCAAAGACGCCGCCUUCCACACCACCAUUGGAAACUGCUGACGAUUUGACGCUUCCAGAUGAAACCGGAUCAACACCAACUGUAGCUAAAUCUACGAUUGUGACAGUUACCUCGGCAACUGUCCUUUCAUUGCCGACUCCUCCCAUGGACUUACUCAGCUCUUCCAAGGAUUCUAAAGAACGAACGAACGCCGUUGCCUUGGAAACAGGUACCACGAACUCUUCGACAGAAUCCUGUAAGACACCAGUUGCUCCAUCCAGUGACGUCAUGAUAUCAAUGGAAGAUGACGAGUUGAAGUCGCCGUUGUUGAUUUCGGAAAACGAGUCCUCGUCCGCGGAAAUGAUCUACGUGAGAGGAGAAUCAACAACGGAGACGAAGGUUGACAUUGAUGUAAAACAAGGACCGUGUAGUGAAGUUAUGAACACGAAUGAUGAUGAAGGAGCACAAUGUGAUAACGAUGACAUGGCUAUGAAAGACCUUUCUGACGAAGGCAAGCCACCAUUGCCCCCUCCACUAACCCAGCCUCCAUCCGCUACCAUGGAACUGCGUCAAGGAAAGUCGGUGAUUGGCGGACGGAAGUCUUUAGAGAAUCGGCGUUUUAUCAAGCAUCUUACAUCCAGGCAACAUUCUAGUGGUUUCCACGGUGACCUUCACAAGGCUCUGGACAAAAUUAUGAUUGGGAAUAAACACAUGGUGGAUAAGAGCAAAGAAAAGAGAAAGGUGAUUAAGCAGCAAACGAAGGAGACAAAGACGUCCAUGGCAGAGAAUAUAAAACUGGCAAAGUCACUCAUAAUGAACGAGCAACUGGACAGCAAGCGAGACAGGAAAUCUGCUUUGCGUCGCCGCGUCAUCCAUAAGGCGCUGUCACAUCCGGCUGAUUCAACCAUUCGAUCCCAUGCUCCUCUCUCACAGCAAGUCGCCUUUGCAAAGUCAGUGAUUUUACCAAAGCCUACUGAUCCAAAGACUGAACAAAAGACCAAGGAACGACGUAAGGUCGUAAACGAAUUGGUGGACGAAUUGAGUAACCCCUCGUUUGAGGACGUCAUAAAAAUCUUUGCUUCAACUUUCAACCCUGAUGAAAGAACACGAGACCUGAAUGAGAGAAACAAAUAUAAGAGAGGUGUCAUUCAGAUGGACGCAGUGUUGCUCAAAGAGAACAAUCAGAAAAGUUCUUUUCCAUUGGACAUAGAGUUUGUCAGAAAUGUACUUUGUGGUCCCUCUACUCUUGAUCACGAGGAAAAUCCAAGAUUGGGAUGCCAGUGUUAUUAUUGUGAGAAGCAUUGGAAGAAAACAGGAGGCCCUCCCUGCUUCAAUCCACCAAGCAAUUACGACAUAGCCAAGGACGUGUAUUUGAUCGAUGGCGAGAUUUACAUUCAGAAACCCCAAACUUCAGUGACUGCAGGCGCCAGCACGAGUGCCAGCAGUUCAUCAGAGUACCGCCCUGGAAUUGAUACUGCACACGUAUUACUCAUGGGUAAGUGCCGGAUUCACGUGCCUGGUAGAUCUGGUCGAUAAUUGGCAAAAUAAAUAUUAUGCAGUCGUCAAGACCUCUGGCCAGGGAGCUGGUUGCGAUACGUCUAGACUUUUUUGUUGUUGUUGUUGCGAUUUUUAAAAAUUACCUUGAAAUUGUAAGAGACUUUGCUAGGAACACUAGAGCGCGACAAAUGCGUCAUCUUUGCGUUGCGACACUGAACACCUACCUCUGAGCGAGCUUUGUACCCAGUUCUCUCCCUCUCACUCUCUAUUUGGCGGGAUACUUUAUGACGUCACUAAGGGUAACUUGUUCCUAGGCAUUAUGCUAAGUUAACGGGGUGUGACAAAUUUAAUAUUGCGUUAUUUUCUAAACAUUUCCUUUCUUAUUUUCUAUUUCAGGCAACUUCACUACGAAUUUCCUUUAAUGUAUGAUCAACUCUCUUUUAAUAAUUUGAUUGGACAAGUCUGUUUCUUUCUGCUUAUUUUGUUGUGUAAAUUGACACAUUUUUACAGACACGUCCUCAUCGUUGACAACGCUGCAAAUGUUGAAGAAAGAAAAUUUGUGAAUGUAAUAAAAUGAAGCUUUUUUGUAUGUAAUUCGUUUACUGUAUUGAGACGGCCUGAAUUGAGUCGCCUGCAGGGCAACAAGCAAGCGAUCGUCAGUGGUCAUAGGACAAUGGCGACCUUUUCGAAAUAUUCCAGCUACUUUUAGUUAAUUGUCUUGAUAUUCAUUGCAAUACUCAUGUAGCGUAUCUAUACGACAAUCUCGAUCGUGAUUGGUUCUCCGCGCGCCUAUUUGUCA